AUGUGGAGAGAAGAAGGAAGAGAUGCGUAUAUAAUUAUGGGCUUUAAAAAUGUCAAAGAAUUCUACUACCUUGGGAUAAAGAUGCCUUUGAGGAGACUCAGGAGAGAUGAAUUUCAAUUUAUCAUUGAUAAAGCUUUGAAUAAGCUCAAUCAAUGGAGUAUAAAAUGCUUAUCACUACCCGGAAAGAUUGUUCUGGUGAAAAAAGUGCUGCUUGCACUCGCUACCUUUCACAGUACUCAUGCAUUAAUACCUAAAAAGGUAUUGGAAGAUCUAGGAAAAAUAAGUAGAGACUUCAUUUCGAAUAAGAUAAAUGGUUCUAAGGGGUUGCAUUAUGUUAGCUGGUUUUAUAUGUGUAAACCGAUUGAGUAUGGAGGACGUGAGUUACAUCCAAACAUAUCUAAAACUCCAGCUUUGCUGGCCAGAUUAGCAUGGAGAUUCAUUCAAGAUGAUCAAUCCUUAUUACACUCGGUGAUGGCAUCAAAAGAAGGUGAUAGACUUGAGAAAGGUAAUAGCAGAGGUUAUUUGUCUACAACUUUUAAAAUACUAAGUGAUGGAUAUAAAAUGCUCAAUCCAAUAGUUAAAUGGAAGAUAGUAAAUGGAAGUUUUGUGGAUGCUAUCAAAGACAAUUGGAUUCUAGACAAAAGUAUAAACAAAUGGCCUACGUUUGUUAUCCCAAUUGAUGACAGCCUAGUACGUGUUGAAGAGUUCAUCUUGAAUGGAAAUUGGAAUGAGCAUGAGCUGAGAAAAUAUUUUGGCAGGGAUCUUAUUAAUCUUAUCAUCCAGAUUAAAAUAUCCCUAGAGAAGAAGCUAGAUUUCUUGGAGCUGAUCAAUCAAAAAUCUGGAAUGAAAAUUCCGGGUUUAAUCAGAAAAUCUGAGGCUAAAGGAACUGUAAAUGAUAUAAUGUGGAAUUGGAUCAAGAAGGCUAAACUAAAUGCUCGAGUGGAGGUUUUCUGGUGGAGAUUGAAGAGGAAUGAUAUUCCUUCUUUACAAUUUUUAUGCUAUAGAAGGCUCAUCCAAAAUUCUAACUGCCCAAGGGGUUGUGAUACAAUAGAAGAUGUGGAGCAUAUAUUGUGUGGUUGCUGUAAGCUCAAAGAGGGGCUUGAGCAUGACAAGCUAGAUUUAUUUGAAGAAAAGGAAGCUUCUUUUGCAGGUGGAACUGCACCGCCACCAAUACCAUCACCUUUAGCUUCCUGCCCUUCCUACCAUCAUGAUGAGAUAAUCCAGUGA